AUGGCCCCACACACCGCCAUCUACAAGCUCGCCACCCCUUCGCACGCCUCCGCUAGAUUCAACAUCCGGCACAUGGUCAGCAUGGGGUCUCUCCCCGUGCGAGUGGGGGGAGGUGCAAUCGGAGCUUCGCGCGGAAAGGCCGCCGACCGGCCCGGGGCUCGCCCAAACGAGAACUGCGGAGCAUGGAAGCCCGGGGCCUGCCGAACGACCCAGCAGAUUGCGGACGCGGCAGAGACGGCUCGCGGCGUCCAGAGUCCCAGCGACGGCCAGGCGACCCCCUGCCCCGCCUCGCCGGAGAUUGCCGCGGAGAGCGCUGAGCGGGGGAUUGUGCUCGUGGUGAGCAAUGGGCUGCCCGACCUCAAUGGGACUGGUGCCAAGGAGAGCGACGACGCUCAGGGGACCGCUGAUCACCCUCUCCGCGCCGGAGAACUUCGUGACGCUCAGGAGAGCGGUGCCGAGGGGAUUGCUGCCGCGGAGGCUGACGCGGCAGCGAGCGCCCGUGCUCCUGUCGCGGCUGACCAGCAGGGCGGCUUGACGCAACUCGAACAGGCGCCCACGAGUACUCUGGCGAGGAUGGCCGCGAGGAGGGCCGAAGAGGAAGAGUCAGCCCGCUCUCAAAGCGGCGGACGGGCUCACUUGCGGAGGGGUGCGCAGAGAAACACGGGCGAAGACCAGCAGGCCCCCUCUCAGGCUCCGCACUAUCCGCAGUCCCCUCUAGCGCUGGAUUGCGACCCACUGAUGGGUUCAUCACUCCCGAUUCCACCACCGCCGACGCCAGCUUGCCGACAAAGCAAGGACGAUGUCGUCGUCGCCCCUCAAACGAGGCGCAUAGGAGCAGCUGGAGGGAGAGGUACGUGGGGAAUCCGAGUGGGACGUAGCAACGGCCGCCGCGCACGUCGCGGAAAUGGGAGAGGUCGACGAGGAGGCAGAGCCCGACGGACAGGGGCGAGUGCCUAUGCUAGAACAGCCGAGAGAUUACUCCGGGAAGGCAUGGAUGGCGGCGAGGAGGUGGCAAGCGACGAGACGAACUUGGAGGUAGAGGAUGCAGAGAAUGAGGAGAGUGACGUGGGAGAUCCCCUCGGACCCCUACUAUUCGCCGCCAGCAUCCACCCAUGCCUCGUUGCGACAGCAGCAGCUCACCCGCAGGUCGUCCUACUCGCCUAUGCCGACGACAUCACGCUCCUUGGUGAGGCGCCAGCCUGCUCCGCGGACUUUGACCACCUCACAGCCGCGCUCACCACCAUGGGGCUCCUCCACAAGUCAGCCAAGUGUGCGGCCUGGUCUGCCGCCCCAAUUGACCCUGCCUUCGUACCCCCCGGCAUCACCAUCUCGAGCGAAGGGCUGCAAAUCCUCGGCAGCCCCAUCGGCACGCCACAGGGUUGCGUCGCAGCAGUUAGGGACAGACUCACGGCAGCAGCUGAACCACUCCCGCUGCUAGCGCAAAUAGACCCGCUGCUCUGCCUCCUCCUCCUCACACGUUGCGUCAGCCGCCGCGCCUCCUUCCUGGCAGGGACAACCCCGCUGGAGGUCUUGCCCGAGGCAGAAUGGUCGGCCUAG